AUGAUUCUCACGAAUGAUGGCUGUGUCCAUGGAUGGGGUUAUAAUAUGUUUGGACAGUUAGGUUGUGGACCAGACAAUGAUCUACGAAACGGGGAUAUAUUUCGAGUGAAUUUCAAUCCUAAUCACGAAAUUAAUAGCAUUUAUUGUUAUGAUUACUGUUCAUUUGCCAUCACAUCUGAGGGACAGGUGUUUAGUUGGGGUCGAAAUGAUGGGUAUAAUUUGGGACACAACUCAUCGGAUAAUAUAUGGGAACCACAACUCAUUGCCAACAUGACUGUUGUUUCCGAAAUGAAUGCUUUGAAGCGUUGGUACGAAGUGUUGCGUUCAUUAGGUUCGGGAGCUUUUGGGGAAGUGCUGACAAUUUCAGGGAAUGUAUGCAAGAAAUGCAAAAAUUGAUAGAAGUUGGGUCAGAAUAUUGUGUCCAAUAUUGUAAUCAGUGGGUUGAUGGCAAUGUGUAUUACAUUAAAAUGGAGUUGUGUUCACAUAGUCUGCAGAAUAUUCUUGAACACAAACCCA